AACUCGGAAAACGGACCGCGGCGCAAUCCAGCGCGCAGCGACGCCGCGAGAGAUGGCCGCCCUCCGCCGCUGCUCCGCCGCCGUCGGCCGCCCUCUCCUCUCCCGGACUCCCCUCUUCGCCGCCGCCGCCGCCGCCGCCGCCGGAAGCGCUCUCGGGAUCCAUUCCCGACCGCGCUCCCCCUCCUCCCCCUCCCCCACGGCGGCGAACCGCGGCCGUCCGCGCCGCCGCCGCCGCCGGGCCCCUCCGCCGAGCGGGCCGCGCCGCCGCACCUAAUCCCCGUCCAGCCUCCGCCCGCCGGCCCCAGCCCCGACCACGGUCGCGGCCUCGACUUCCCGCGGGACGCCUUCGACGCCAUCUCCGACCUGUUCGCGGAACCCGGCCUCGCCGCCGGCCCCGCUCUCGACUCCGCGCUCGAUGAGGCCGGAGUCCGACCUCGGAACGACCUGAUGGAGGCGAUAUUCGCCCGUUUCGACUCGUCUCCGAAGCUGCUGUUCGGUCUGUUCCGGUGGGCGGAGAAGCAGCCGGAGUUUCGGCCGUCCGCGGGGCUGUUCAACUCGAUGAUCAACGCGCUCGGGAAGGCGAGGGACUUCGAUGCCGCGUGGGAGCUGAUCAACGGUCGGCUCCGGGGCAAUGGGGAGCCUGUGCUGGUUUCGGCGGAUACCUUCGCCAUAAUGAUCAGACGGUAUGCUCGAGCAGGUAGGACUCAACUGGCUAUUCGAACGUUCGAAUUUGCCAGUGGUUUGGAUUUCAUUCAGAAUGCUGAUUCGGAAAUGAAAUUGCUGGAGAUACUGUUGGACUCCCUUUGUAAAGAAGGGCAUGUUAGGGUAGCUUCAGACUACCUUUCCUACACAAGAGGAUCGAAAUCUAAUUGGAUUCCGUCAAUCCGUGUACAUAAUAUAUUGUUGAAUGGAUGGCUUAGAUCUAAGAAUAUGGAGUGUGCCGAAGCAUUUUGGGCGGAGAUGAAGAAGGAGAAUGUGAAGCCCACGGUUGUAACUUACGGUACCCUUGUGGAAGGAUAUUGCAGGAUGCAGCAGGUUGAGAGGGCAAAGGAGUUGAUUGACGAGAUGAAGAGAGAAGGGAUCGAGCCAAAUGCGGUUGUGUUUAAUCCGAUCAUUGAUGCGUUGGCCGAAGCAGGUAGAUUUGAGGAGGCUUUAGGGAUGGUGGAACGGUUUUUGGUCUGUGAAUCUGGGCCCACUAUCUCCACUUACAAUUCCUUGAUAAAAGGGUUUUGCAAGGCAGGGGAUCUUGUUGGUGCGAGUAGGAUCAUCAAAAUGAUGAUAAGCAGAGGCGUUGUCCCAACGCCUACAACUUAUAACUACUUCUUCUGGUACUUCUCCAAAUCUGGUAAAAUUGAGGAGGGCAUGAACCUCUAUACCAAGAUGAUAGAAUCUGGCUACACCCCGGAUCGUCUCACUUACCAUCUUCUUCUAAAAUUGUUGUGUGAGGAGGAGAGACUUGAAUUGGCUGUGCAGGUUAGCAAGGAAAUGAAAACGAGAGGCCUUGACAUGGAUCUAGCAACUAGCACAAUGUUAAUUCAUCUGCUUUGUAGAAUGUACAAAUUUGAAGAGGCUGUUCUAGAGUUUGAGGACAUGAUACGGAGGGGUGUAGUUCCACAGUACAUUACCUUUCAGAGAUUAAAGGAUGAGUUGCACAAGUGCGGUAUGACUGAACUGGCGUGCAAAUUACGUGAUUUGAUGUCCUCUGUGCCUCAUUCUACGAAUCUGCCGAACAUGUACUGCAGGCAAGGGGGUUUGUUACGUGCAAGGAGAACGUUGAUCAUGCAAAAAGCUGAAGCUAUGUCUGAUAUCGUAAAAGAUUGUAACAAUCCAAGAAAACUUGUGAAGCGUAGAAGUUCAUUAGCCAGCGUGUCAAAUUCAAACGAAUUGAGAACUAGAGGAUAAGUGCUAAAACGAAUUUACAGUUGCAAAAUAAAUUGGUGCUGCGGUGAAGCGAUCUUCUUCUUGGCUUCAUUUACAGUCCAGUGACUGAAGAUGUCUUCGUCAACCUUUCUCUACGAAGUCAUUCUCAAGCAGUUCUGAUAAUGAGUCUUUCUCUCCUACUUUUGUAGCUUAUAAGUUAAUGAUACAGCUUCUCAAAAUUAAAUGGUGUGUAUAAAGACCGACUCGGUCACAUAUAAGUAUGUAUAUUGUUGAAAGUGGGAUGUGAAGAGUCAUAGUGGCAGGUGGCGGUUAAGUGAGAAUGAUGUUGAGCUUGUGGCAGAAACUUCUGAGUUUUUGAGCUGCCAGAAUUCCAUCAGAGUUUUAUGCUUGCGUAAAAGCAAAGAACUUGUGGCAGCUGUAUUCUUCCCUCUUGUUUAGUGAAGCAUGGACAGGCGGCAUUUUGACAUGGUUAAUAUGCUGAGAUUACCUUAAUACUAUGUAAGUUUGUUUGUCCUGCUGCUUGAAGGAAUUGUGUGGUUGCACAUUUUGAUUUU